CCGGGCUAGGACCGGACCAUGGCCGCGCCCGCGCCUCGCCUGGGCCGGAAGCGGCCGCUGCCCGUCUGCGCCAACCCGCUCUUCGUGCGCUGGCUCCGCGAGUGGCGGGACGAGGCGGCCGGCCGGGGCCAGCGGGCGCGCUUCGUCUACCAGAAGGCCCUGCGCUCCCUCCUGCGGUACCCCCUGCCCCUCAGGAGCGGGAAGGAAGCCAAGAUCCUGCAACACUUCGGGGAUGCCCUGUGCCGGAUGCUGGAUCAGCGCCUGGAGCAGCACCGAGCGUCCAGCCGAGGAGAGCCACCAGUCUCUGAGCUCUCACAGGGAGAGUUGAGCAGACCCCCCGAGGAUGCAAUCCCUUCUCAGUGGGGCCCAGGCCGGCCCAAGGCUGGUGGCCGUGGCAGCUACAGGCCGCCCCGACGCUCAGCCGCGUGGGCUGUGCUGCUGAUUCUCUACAGGGAGCAGCUGGAUCCCAAGAGCCCAGGUUCCCUGACCAAGGAGGAGCUGCUGAUGAGGUGUGAACAGGAAGCCCCCAGGGUGGCCCUCAGCAACAGCAACCAGCCCUGGCCAGCCCUGCGGGCCCUCCUUCACAGAAACCUUGUCCAGAAGACGCAGCAGCCAGCCAGGUACUCACUAACCUCUGAGGGGCUGGAGCUGUCUCAGAAGUUGGCAGAAGCCGAAGAUCUGGGAGGGCCGCCUGCCAGCCUACGGCUGAGAUUCACCCAGUCCCCUGGAAAGGGCACAGGAGAUGGGCCCCAAGAAGCUGCGGUUCAGCUAGGCACAAGGACCCAGGCUCCAGAGCCGCCCCUCGAGCUGGGGCCAGGGGAGUACAGGAUCCUCUUGUGUGUGGAUGUCAGUGAGACCGCAGGGGGCAGCCGUCGACCAGAGAUUCUAAGGCAGCUGCAGAGCCUGGGGGUCCCUCACGACGUACGGAAGCUGCAUGUUGGGGAUUUUGUUUGGGUGGCUCAGGAGACCAGGCCGAGGGUGCCAACCCGGCCCGGCGAGUUCGUCCUGGACUACGUGGUGGAGAGGAAGCGUCUGGAUGAUCUGUGUGGCAGCAUCGUAGAUGGGCGCUUUCGGGAGCAGAAGUUCCGCCUCAAACGCUGCGGCCUCAGCCACCGGGUGUAUCUCGUAGAGGACCACGCCUCUGCCCACAACCUCAGCCUUCCCGAGAGUACCCUGCUGCAGGCCGUCACCAACACACAGGUGAUCGAUGGCUUCUUUGUGAAACACACCGCAGGCCUAAAGGAGUCUGCCGCCUACCUGGCUCUCCUCACCCGAGCCCUGCAGAAGCUCUAUGAGGGUCAGACUCUGCGGUGCCGACCCUGGGGAGAUGAGGGAGCCCCUGGGGCCGGGACCCCAUGCUGCUGCCUGUUCACCUUCAGGGACUUCAAUGAAGGGGCCAUGAAAAACAAGGCCCAGUCCGUGAGAGAGGUGUUUGCCCGGCAGCUGAUGCAGGUGCGGGGGGUGAGUGGGGAGAAGGCCGCGGCCGUGCUGGAGAAGUAUGACACCCCGGCUAGCCUCGUGGCUGCCUAUGAUGCCUGUGCCAGCCCCCAGGAGCAGGAGAAGCUGCUGAGCUUCAUCAAGUGUGGACGCUUGCAGAGGAACCUGGGCCCAGCCCUGAGCCGGACCCUGUGCCAGCUUUAUUGUACCCCUGGACCACUGUCCUGAGCCCAGCCUGGAGGAGAUGUGGCGCAAGGCCUGGCGAUGGGGGGGAUUGGACAAUUUAAUAAAAGUCUCAGACCGCCA